CUUCUCGACACUAACAGAUUCCUGCCUAAAAAACAGGAGGAGAAACAUCUACAUACUCCAUCAACAUGAUCCCUCUCUUCCCAACAACCUGUCUCAUUCUCUCCCUCCUCUUCCUCCUCAUUCAGCACCGCAAGGGCAUUCGUUCUAUAUUGCGGAAAUAUACUACUCCGAAUUACACCCGCCUCCCCUUUUACCAACACGAAGUCGAACUGGAUCAUCUUCACCGGUAUGUAUACUACCAGUACUACUACUACUUAGUAGCAGUGUACACCCCACGUUUCUCGACCAACCACAUCAGCUCUACCACUAUUACCCUUUAGUCUGAUCCUUCCUACCAAACUUACCACACACAUCAAGCCUUGAGGCAUACAUCCCACGCACAAUGACAUAAAAUGAAAGAUGACUAACAUGAACACAACGUCUUACUGCAGUGAUCACUAUUUCACCACCAAUGGCCAUGUUGCUCCCCCCGCAACCCCUCUCUCGAGAUACUUUGACCCGGAUACAUCCGUCAUAUACCCGGAGGUCAUGGAGCCGCCCUUUCCAUUGAUUCCAGAAAUGGAAGAGGACUGUUAUUCUGUGUAUGGAGAUGAAGAUGAAGGGGAAUGGGUUGAUGGGGUGGUGGAUUCAGUGGUGAAGUGGGUGGUGGAAAAGGUACAGGAGGGACCAUCUUCUUC